GUUCACUUCCUAUAGGGACUGAAAACCAAGUGAGGAGAUGAAGGAUUGCACCGUACUACACCAGAGAAUACAGAGAGGAUAGACACUGCAGAUCAAUACUGACCAUCUCUCAACAAACAACUGCACAACAGUGGGAAAACAUCCAGUCCCUUCACAGCAUUGUUGAGCACAGAGAAGGUUGGUCAGUGAAAUCAUCAGCUGGAACUCAGUCGAGUCAGGGGAGCUUUGACAUAUCAUCAGAUCUGAAACUGGUCAGUGGUGUGAAGCCUUCCAUCAGAACCAACCUUUCUGAAGGUUCGGCUGUGGGUGAUCGGUCAGAGUGAGGCUGGGAAGAAGUGUGAGUGGCUCCAAGUGUGAUGAGAGCUUCAAUCAUUCAUCAAGCCUCAUGAACCACUGACAUAUCCCUAUGUGUGAGAGACUGUUUGAAUGUGAGAUUUGUAAGGAGCACUCCACAGGAUUAUAAGUUCUCCCAAUGUGCAUUUUUAUCAUUAUCAACUUUAAUGGAAGAGCUGCCUCAUGGAACAGAAGCCAUUCAAGUGUGAGGUGUGUGACCGAGUCUUCACAAAAUCCUCAGCACUUGUGCAACAUCGACGCGUUCACACGGGAGAGAAACCAUUCACAUGUGAGGUGUGCGACAAAUCAUUCUCGAGCUCAUCGAACCUCCGUGUACACAAAUGUAUUUAUGAUGGAGCAAAUGUAUUUUCCUGUAAGGUGUGUAACAAAUCAUUUUCACAGUCAUGGACGCUGCGUGUGCACCUGCGCAUUCACACAGGGGAGAAACCUUUCACAUGCGACGUGUGCAGCAAGUCAUUCUCACAGCCAUCGACCCUCCGUGAACACCAACGUAUUCACACAGGAGAAAAACCAUUCACAUGUGAGGUGUGUGACAGAUCAUUCAGGCAGUCAUCAAGUUACCGUGCCCACCAACAAAUUCACACUGGGGAGAAACCACACAAGUGUGAGGUGUGUGGCAAAUCCUUCUCAUGGUUAACAAAUCUCCGUGCACACCAACGCAUUCACACAGGGGAGGAAGCAGUCAAGUGCGAGGUGUGUGACAAAGUGUUCACACAGUUAAGGAGUCUCCUGCUACAUCAGACAACCCACACAGGGGAGAAACCCUUCAAGUGUGAGGCUUGUGAUAAAGGUUUUGCAACAUCUUCAACCCUCCUCAUACACCAGAGGAUUCACACAGGGGAGAAACCCUUCAAAUGUGAACUUUGUGAGAUGGCUUUUUCUCAAAUGUAUCAUCUCUUGAGACACCAGAUGACUCACACAGGUGAAAAACCCUUUAAGUGUGAGGUGUGCGACCGAGCCUUCACCCAGUCAUCAUCACUGAUAAAGCACCAGCGCAUUCACACUGGGGAGAAGCCAUUCAAGUGUGAGGUGUGUGACAAAUCAUUCUCAGAUUCGUCGCAUCUCCACAGACACCGACGCACUCACACUGGGGAGAAACCUUUCACGUGUGAAGUGUGUAACAAAUCAUUCUUGAGAUCAUCAAACCUCCGCACACACCAAUGCGUUCACACCGGGGUGAUGCCGUUCAAGUGUGAGGUGUGUGGCAAGGGGUUUGCAGAAUCAUCAGCCCUGCUCAAACACUGGCAUGUCCACACAGGGGAGAAACCAUUCACAUGUGAGGUCUGUGACAGAUCAUUCUCACAGCUAGGAAACCUCUGUGUGCACAAAUACAUUCACAAAAGCGAGAAUCUCUCAUCAUACUAGGUGUGCAAGAAAUCAUUCUCUGACACAUCAUCCUUCUGUGCACAUCCAGAGAGGAGAACCCUUUCCCUGCAAGAUGUGCAGAAAUCCUCCUUGAGUUUGUCAGACCUCAUAUUCCAUCAGGGGAUCCAUGCAGAGGAGGAAGUCUUCAAUUGUGAAUGUCAUAUGGGAGGAAGCAGUUGUGUAAUAGCAAAACGUUAAACAACUUUGCAAACAAGUAUUUUACUGGCAUUGUGAAUACUUAGUGUUUUGGGUAAAUUUUAGUUUUAGAAAUGUGCGUUUUAGUUCAUUGGUUUAAAAAGAUCAAAUAUCAUUGCAAGGUGAAUGGAAAAGCAAAGAAUACUUUGCCACAAUAAUGCAUGGCAUUGUGAGGUGGCAACAAUGUUGGUGGUCUUCUUUCAAAAAAAGGACACAACUGCACUAGAAGCAGUUCAGGAAACUUUCAUUUGACAUGAUUCCUGGGAUGAUUGGGUUAUUGUGCAAGGAAACAUUAGGCAGGUUAGCCAAUAUCCAUUGGAUUUUGAAGAAUAGGAGGAAAACUUCUUCAAACACACAAGAUUUUCAGGGCACCUGACCAAGUGGAUGCUGAAAGGAUGUUUCUCCUGUGGGAGAGGGUAGAAUGAGUUACAGAUACAGGGUGCUGAGUGUUUGGAGUUCACUUUCUCAGGCAGCAUUGUUGAAUAUUUUUUAGUCAGAAAAAGAGCCUUUGACGUCCUUCUCAGACAAUAGUCUCCUGGGUAGAGGCAAAAAAGUAGAGUUGAGGCCACAGUUAGAACAGCCCUGCUUUUAUUGAAUGGUGUAGCAGGCUUGAUGAAACAAGCAAUCUACUCUUGCUCUGAAUUGUUAUGUUCAUACGUGUGUUCAGAUAAAUAGAGAGAGCUUUAAAACAACAUGUAGACUCACUUAGCUGGAGACCUGGUAUGUACAUUCCUUGUUGUCAUGAGUCCAGGGAAAUGUUUUGUUUUGAGAGUUACAGCUAAAUUAAUUUAAAGAUAUUUAGCAAGCCCUGAAAGGCUGUAAAAACUAAUUUUGUUUGGAAAUAACUCCAUAAAGGCCGGUAUCCUGUCACCAAGUCACCCUCUAUUUUUACGUGAACAGUCCUUGAUGAUAACACUGCCUCAUAGAGAGUCAGGUACCAGUGCCUGACAUUCAUAGACUACUCCUUUUCCUUGGAGAGCCUGCUGAGGUGUUUUAGCUUCAGGUCAGGUUCCUCUGACUCAGAGUUCGACACGGGCAGCAUGUAAUACACAGGAGUCAAUACAGUGUGGAGCUUGAGGAACACAGAAGGUCAGGCAGGUGUAAACGCAAAACAUCAACUUUCCUGCUCCUCUGAUGCUGCCUGACCUGUGUUCCUCCAGCUCCACGCUGCAGACUCCAGCAUCUGCAGUUCUUGAUAUCUCUAUGUAACACACAGAACCUUGUCUCUUGCGUAAAAUUUCACUCUCCUUCCAGUGGAAAAGGCAUCGAGGCAGCUACUUCUGGAAUAUCCAUGCAUGAUUCAGGGGACUGAACAAUGUUUGAUGGAGAGGGUGAAUCCACAAGUUCUGACAGCAUUUCCAAAUGUUCUGAGGGGCAGGGCACAUUUUGCUCCCACACUGUUUCAUAUGGUCCACAUGCUUAUUGAGGAUUGUCACACCUACCCAAACUUUAUAUGUCACUGGUACUGAUCUUGUGUCGACCAUGCCUCUUACCCAUGUGGGGCCAUUUCCAUAAUUUUUACACCAAACUUCGCCUCCUGUAUCAAACUGUCUCUCUUGCUGGGUGGAGUCUUGUCCGGCAUUGGAGUUCCUGAUAUUGUUUCAUCGCCCCCCACCCCCACAACCACCACCACCACCACCACCACCCCCCAGGUCCGGGAAGGUCGGACUUAACCUGCAGCAGGUUCUUCCACCCAUUAGCAACUCUAGCGGUACAAUCCCUGCAGUUGCAUGUGGAGUGGUCCUAUAAUCAAGCAAGAACCGUGACAGCUUAGUAUCUAGUGAGGCUAUAGGCUGUUUCUUCAAUCCAGCCUCCAUAGUUUGGUCUGCUCUUUCUGCCAGGCUAUUGGAUGAUGGAUGGUGUAAAGCUGACCUUUUUUGCCGAAGCCCAUUUGACUUAAGAAACAACCAAACUCCCUGCUGGUAAAUGAUGGCUCAUUAUCUGCGACCAAGACUUCGCGACUCUCUUUAUUGCAAAAGAUGUGCACUGUUUUUCUACUGUCAUCCCAGUGUUUGAUGAAUGGACCCUGUGCAUGUUGAACCUCUUUGAGUGGGUGUCUACAUGACUAAGAACCCAUGAAGGGACCUACAUAGUUAAUAUGCAACAGAGUCCAAGAUUUAUUUGGCCAUUCCCAUGAAUGUGGGGGAGCUGCUGGCAAUAAUUUGUGUUCCUUCUUGGCACCCUGGGCACAAAUGCGCCUAUGUCUGCAUUCAGGCCUGGCCAUCAGAUAUAACUCUUUGCCAACAUCUGCAUUUUGGAGACCCCUGGAUGGCGCUGGUGAAGUUCCAGUAUUUGACAGCAACCUUCAAUUGGGAUAAUCACUCCUGCUCCCCAUUACAAUAUGCCGAGCUGGUCUCUCUGGGUCCAAAAGGUUUCAGUUCUAGUUGUGACGGCCCUUUGGUUUGCCCCAUUAAUACCAGUUGUUUCAGUUUAGAAAGGACUGGAUCUUUCAGUGUCCAAGAUCUGUUAUUGUUAGCUGUGUCUGGGAGCGUGUCCAGAAAAUUUAUCAUUAUGUACACUUCCAUUGGGGGCACCACCGGUGGUGUAUCUGCUAAUGAGAGGUGGCUUAAUGUGUUCACUACUCCCAGACAGUCAUCAAGAUGUACAGCACAGAAACAGAUCCUUCGGUCCAACUCGUUCAUCGGACUUGAUAAC